GCAUGCUUCGGUUACAUGUCACUUUUUGUCUGUUGUGUUUGGCAUUCAAGAAAGGGACAUGCACGUGACAAUGCCAGCCUCCGGAGGAGUUUAACUUGACCUGUGGAUAUAUGCGGAGGCAAGGACCAUAUUGUGGUGAUGUCCAUAGGGCAAGUCAUGAGACAGACAAUCUGACUGGAGAAGGAAGUGCCCACUGAGCAAGAGGAAGGGGACUUGUAAGGAGAAGUUGAAAGAUUAGGUUGAAGACUUGCGAAAUUUGACCUUCUUGUUCCAAGAAACAUAUCUCGGCUCAUCAUGUCUUUGUUUACAAUGUUCAUUGACGCAUCUAAUCAAGACCGUGGGCCUCUGGAUAACACCCAAGAGUCACAUGAUCGAUAUCUAAUUCAGCAUGCGGAACGGAUUCGGAAAUGCGACGCCCACCUCCCAAUCUCAGAACGGUACGCCAUUCUGAAUCUGGAUCAGAGCUGGCAGAAGAAGACUUUGGGGAAAUAUCAAAGUACUUUGACUGACGUUGCUAAGCAUUGUAGGGAGCAGGAAAUUAACGAGUUGUCGGGGAGAUUAACUCGACAGUGCACUGUUCAAAGUUUUGAAAAAACAAAAGGAACGGAGAGUCAUAACCAAGGUCACGGCGACGCGCGGCCGGACUUGAGGCGGCGGCAGACGACGUAUGAUCAGCCCUCAAGUCCAUCCGUCUAUUCGGAAUGGACCAUGUCAAAUUUUCCCACCCGUCGAAUUCAAACACGACAUGGAAUGGAUCAACAGACACCCUCCCCGCAAAUCACCUACAGAAAGGGCGUCCACCCGUACAGGAUGCAAACAAAAGCCAACUUUCUCCGUACUCAAAAGAUCAAUGGGCCAAUACAACUAGACCACUAUAUUAACGGGAAAUCCGAGCAUUUCGCGCCAUUGGUCUUGCCGCAGAUUCCAAAAGAGCGGAAUAAAAUGGACGACUUUAUCUCGUCGAGUAAGGUGCAGUUGCAGACGAGAGAUGGGAAGACCAAUACUAACAUUCCGCAUGUCCUCUCCAAGCAGCGCAUCUUCCCACGGACCAGCACUGGUAACAAACUAUCAGGUUAUGGUGGGACAGUUGCUCCUGGCAACCCCCCACACCCACAGAAAUCUGGACAGAGGUUACACACGACGCCUGUUUGACAGGACUGGUGUCAAUCGGGUUAUCAGUGAAUUUACCCGCCACAGAAGACAUGGAUGUCAAGGCCGUGACACCACCAUCAGAAGCCAUGGGGCCUGGUCCUUGUGACAGCGCACGGUCUUUGUCUAUCUUGAUGUCUCUGUUACAGUACAUCCAACCUGACUGUGAUGGUGUCUCUGUUACAGUGCAACCAACCUGACUGUGAUGGUGUCUCUGUUACAGUACAACCAACCUGACUGUGAUGGUGUCUCUGUUACAGUACAACCAACCUGAUUGUGCUGGUGUCUCUGAUCAGUACAACCAACCCGACUGUGAUGGUGUCUCCGUUACUGUACAACCAACCUGACUGUGAUGGUGUCUCUGUUACAGUACAACCAACCCGACUGUGAUGGUGUCUCUGUUACAGUACAACCAACCCGACUGUGAUGGUGUCUCUGUUACAGUACAACCAACCCGACUGUGAUGGUGUCUCUGUUACAGUACAUCCAACCUGACUGUGAUGGUGUCUCUGUUACAGUGCAACCAACCUGACUGUGAUGGUGUCUCUGUUACAGUACAACCAACCUGACUGUGAUGGUGUCUCUGUUACAGUACAACCAACCUGAUUGUGCUGGUGUCUCUGUUACAGUACAACCAACCCGACUGUGAUGGUGUCUCUGUUACAGUACAACCAACCCGACUGUGAUGGUGUCUGUUACAGUACAUCCAACCUGACUGUGAUGGUGUCUCUGUUACUGUACAUCCAACCCGACUGUGAUGGUGUCUCUGUUACAGUACAACCAACCCGACUGUGAUGGUGUCUGUUACAGUACAUCCAACCUGACUGUGAUGGCGUCUCUGUUACUGUACAUCCAACCUGACUGUGAUGGUGUCUCUGUUA